AUGGCCCUGCGCGCCGACAUUCUCGUGCUGGUGGCCGACUACCUCCCCCCGGCCGACCUGUGUGCGUUGAUGGCGACCUCGCGCCACCACUACAAGGUCCUUGCGACCUUCGAGCCCUACAUCGCCACCAAGCAUCUCAACCGCUUGGUGUGCGCCGCCCACGCCACCGACAUGGCCCACUACCUCCCGGCCGACUGGCCGAUCCUCUCCUCCCACCUCACCCUCACUCACCACCCCCGCGCCAUCCUCUUCCAAGACCCAGCCACCUUCGCCUAUACCCACGAACUCGAGCAGCGUGCGGCCUUCAUCAACCAGCUCUUCGGUCCGGCGACCAACACCACCAGCACUCUCUCCCCGGCCUUCAUCGGCCUCUACCAACGCCCGGAGCUGCACAACCUCACCCCGGCACAACAAACCCUCCUCACGACCCGGCUCAAGCAGACCUGUGCCCUCAUCGACCGCAUCGCCGACAGCGGAGCCAUCCUCCGACACGCUUUCUGGUCCCUCUGCCAGGACCGAGCCGACGACAAGGACGAGGGCCUGCCGUUUCCCACCUUCACCACGCACGGCGACCUUCCCCGCGUGAUCCACCAUGCGCAAGCCGCUCUCCUCUCGGCGUUGACCCCGCUGGACCUGGCUUUGAUCCAGCUCGUGACCGGCCACUGCUACAUGAUCUACUGGGUCCAGCUGCAACAGCUCCAACAGCAACAGCUCCAACAGCAGCAGGCGCACAGCGCGGUGCCGACAGCCGACGUCAACCCGGCCGAUGCGGAGAACUUCUCGCCUUUCCCACACUGGCAGCACCAGCAGCAACGCUCACUAUUUCCGACCAGCACAGAGCUGGAUUGGUUCGACUUCCCGACCAUGGUGCCUUACCACCCGCACAUGUGGUCGUUCAUCGACGUGCUCCUCCAGCACGGCACAGCAGCCAUGCGGUUGAUCGCGAAGCCUCAGCGCAACACCACCACCCCGUGCCCGUUGUUCACAGCCCUGUUGACAGCAGCACACACCACCCACUCAGCCUACCGCGCCACAACCCUCGCCCACUCGUUCACCAGCAGAUCCUUCACAACCCCGCGCUACACCCAACCCCCCCUCUCCUCAGUCCUCCAAACCACCUUCCACACGGCCCUCAACCGCACCCUGACCACAACCCAACAACACACCCUCGCCUUAGCCCAGUACCCGCACCUCUCCCCCGAUAGCCCAGCGCGCUAUCGUCCCCAGCCGAAAUGGAUGUGGCUUAUCCAGGAGUGGCUUCAGGACGGAGACGGCAGUAACAGUAACCUGGCGCAGCGUUCGGUUCUCCCUAACGAGUAUGAAGGGUGGGUGGAAGAUGGAGCAAGGGGGGGAAGUGGGUGGUUGUUUGAGUGGGCUGAGAAGCAGGAUGUGAACAUGGUUUUGGAGGGGGAGAUGGAUUCUUCGGAUGAGGAGGAUGGGGGUGAUGAGAUGGAGGUGGAUGAUACGGAUUCGGAUUCGGAUUCAGAUUCGGAUGUUGGGGAGGGGAUGGAGUUUGUGGGGUUUUCUUAG